AUGGACGAAGGGGACGUGGAGACUCCGGAGGAGAUGUUACUCAAGCAGCAUCGUAAGGAGAAGAAGGAUCUUCAAGCAAAAAUCCAGAGCAUGAAAAACGCUGUUCCGAAAAAUGACAAGAAAAGGCGGAAGCAGAUGACUGAAGAGAUUGCCAAAAUGGAGGCCGAAUUGGAUCAGAAACACGACGAGGAGCUUCGUCGUCUUGAAUCUACAUCUGACUCAAAGGUAGCAGAGGCAGUGAAUGGUGUUGAAGCACUGACGGUUGAACAGCAGCCCCGCGUCACCAAAGCCCAGAAGAGAAGGGACAAGAAGGCCGCCCAGGAACGCGAGCGUGAGUGCAGAAUCGCCGAAGCAGAGGUGCAGAACCUGCAGGGCGAUCGUCACCUGGAGCGCGUCAAGCUAGCUGAGAAGCUCUCGCCACGAGGUCUUUGCAUCAAGGAGAUCUCCUCCGAUGGACAUUGCAUGUAUCGCGCUGUUCAGGACCAGCUGGAGAGACGAGACAAGUGCGAGUUUAGCGUGAAGGAGCUUCGGAGUCGCACUGCGGCGCACAUGCGGAGCCACGUUGACGACUUCCUUCCGUUCCUUAGCAACCCUGACACAGGCGAUACCUACACUGCAGAGGACUUUGAAAAAUACUGUAGCGAAGUGGAGCAUACAGCAGCAUGGGGCGGACAGCUGGAACUACAAGCACUGAGCAAGGUCCUCCAACUGCCCAUCGAAGUUAUCCAGGCAGAUUCGCCGAACAUUACCAUCGGCGAGGAACACGCCGAUGACGCCAUCACCCUAAUCUACAUGCGUCAUGCUUAUGGGCUGGGAGAGCACUACAACUCUGUGGAGGAACUUAAGGAGCAAGAAGAGAACUAA